AAAAACUCCUCCGGGCCAGAGUCAUCUCCUUGUUCUCCCGUCGCUUUGACAAGGUGGAAAAACUGAAAAGUUUCAUAAAAGUUGCCUUUUGAUUUUCGUAAACGGCUCAAAUUGGAAGAAGACGGUGUAGCAACAGUUAGCCACAUCACCUGCUAAGUUCACAUUGAGUUGUUAAAUUUCCUGCUUCCUCUGAUGACCUACCGCUGAAGAUGCCCUCACACUGGGGGUAUGUGGGCAUUUGACAACUCAACAUAAACAGAAACAGGAAUGAGCAAAAACUAUGCGCGAAUUGAAAUGGAUCUGGCUUUUGGAACAGCCAAGCCUUAUGGGUCUUCUAGGAGUAUAGUGAGGAGAAUCGCAUCCAGUCUACCUCUCAAGCCCUCCCCCAGAGUUCAUUUUCAGCUUUAUCCAUACACCGAGGAUGCAGGCAUCCUGUUUGCUGCCAAGCGACAGCCUGGACUGGUGGCCUCUCUAGCUGAUGUUGGAUGGAUUGAUGGAGACGAUGAGGACGAUGCACACUACUUAGGCAGACCAAGGCACGGACUCCCUGCUGGUCUCUGGCUCAGAGCUCACGAGCCUCAGCAGAGACUCACCAGACAAAGAUCCCUUCCGAGCCUGUACCAGGGUCCUCCUGAUCCCCAGGGCUCGACUAUAGCCAACGAUGAGGCCAUACAGAAAAUCAGUGCCCUUGAAACUGAACUGGCCAAACUGAGAGCACAGAUCGCACAAAUAGUUUUGGCUCAGGAAAAGACUUCACAGCCAGCUGCUGCUACAGGGGCACCUCCCCCACCCCCUCCACCUAGUGGUACUCUGCCUCCUCCUCCUCCUCCUCCUCCCCCCCCUCCACCUCCUCCCUCAAGCCUCCAGCGGACAUUUUCAGCCAUUGACUUGAUUAAGGAGCGCAAAGGGAAGAAGACAGACAGCCAGACAGUUUUAGAGCCUAAGCCAGCAGAAAUCCCCAACAUGCUCGACAUCUUGAAAGACAUGGGCAAAGUUAAGCUGCGCUCUGUCAAAAAUCGUGAUGACGAUGGUGAUGUUAAAGCAAAGACCAGUGAACCAACAGACGCAGCAGCUCUGAUUGCUGAGGCCCUCAAGAGAAAGUUUGCCCAUCGCUACAGGCACAACAGUGAACAAGAGGACAAGGAGGAUUUUAAACCCUUAACAGAGAAUAAGGCCAAACCAGCGUCCCCUUUGUUUGGACAGCACAUGUUAAAGCGAACAGGAAUGCGGAAGCUAGUCUGAAUGUGCCUUUUCCAUAUCAGCUGUUUCUAUAGGAGAAUGAAAAUUCUUCCUGACAUGUACGCAGGCUUCCUAAACUUCAACUUUUUAACUACAGUACUUUAGUUGUAUUUUUGUUAUUCUGAAUCAUUCCUGCUUAUCAGAGGGACAGACUUGCAUGUUCACACAGCAACAGCAGUUCAGCGAUGAAAGUUGUUAUAUAUCACAUUGUUUUUAGUCAGCUGCACAUGGCAUGAGUGGUCAGUUUUGCAUUUCUAGUAUCACUGGCACAGAAAACUUAAUGGUUCUUCCACCACGCAAGAAGAGAAGCAUGUUCUUGUUGCAGGAAUAUUUUGUCUAUAUAUGUGUAAAUGUGUAUAUUUAAUUUAUGAUUGGGAUUCUUUUAUUUAUGCUGCGGCCUUGUCUUUGUAGUUUUAACAACACUAAUAAUGUUUUUAAUGUUAUUAAUUUUAAUGUGAAGUUCUUUACAUCGUGCCAGUUCAUAUACCUGCCAAAGCCUCAAAUUUAAAAUGUAUUCAUUGUGCGAUCAAUAUUAAAAUCAAAGACAUUCCAGCCGUUGGAGACAUUCUUGGAAGCUUUAAUCAUUCCUAAACAAGUUUUCUCUUAGGAUAAAAUAUAUAUAUAUAUAUAUAUAUAUAUCUCAGGAAAAGUGGCAAUCAAUACACUUGAUACUGACAGUUCUUAGGCACUUUUUAAUGUAGUGAUGCUGUAAAACACUGAUACUGCAACAGAUUUAAAGUAACUGUCAUUUUAAGGUUUUUUUUUGUUUUGUUUUUAUUGAGUUUGCCAAGUUGUGCCACCUCAAUGUGAGCAACUUUUGUGACUUGCUCAAUUUAAUAUGCCAAUUUAAACUGUGCAAUUGUCAAUAAAGGCUUUUCCAAGUGUUGAA